AUGAAGCCACGCACUACUCAAACGACGACGACUUUCACCACCACCACCAUCAAGAACAACAGUUGUUUUCCUCACGUUCGUCGUAAAAGUCUGUGUCGUAAAAGUCGUUCGGAGGAAACAUCAUCACGGAGAAGAAGAUGCAGAGCAAACAACAUUAAAAACAACGACGAUGACUUUGACGACGGAAACGACAAAAACGUCAAAGCGUUGAGGGACGAAGCCUCUCGAGGAUGUUCCGAGUGUUACUUCCCUCGAGAGAAAGACCGAGCGGAAAAUGUUUUUAAUGCGUGCUUUCCCGCUUUCAUCAGGUCGAAACCGUUUGGAACCGCGUUACUCGUCGGCGCGGAGACCGGCGAGGUCGUGGAGCGUUUCGUGUCCUCGUGUGCUGCGUUUGAAGGAGAAGGGGCGAAGUUGGCGACGGUUGUGGACGUAUCGGAAAAACAGCUCGAUCGCGCGAUGGAGAAAGUCCCGGACGUGGGAAUAUCAGGAAACGAGAAAGGCGCGAAGUAUUUCCAACUCUCCGAGAUGAGUUUAGAGGAAGUGAAACCGUAUUUCGGUCCGUUCGACGCGAUCGUCUUCAACGACACGUUCGAACAGUUUCCGGAAAAGAAGAGGAAAGAGACGCUGGCGAGAGCGGCGAAUUUAUUGAAACAAACAACCUCGUCGUCGUCGUCGUCGUCGUCGUCGGGAAGUGAUGAGGGUGGCGUAAACGAGGCGACGUCUAGGAUUGUUAUUUCGUCCAGGGAGACCAGAGAAGGCGACGAGAGUUACGCGAGAUUGAAAAGGGAGGAGCUGGAGGCGUUAGUAAAAGGAUUGCCGUUAGUGUGGACGGAGGAAGAGGCGAAGAGAGGGAAAGCGUUAGAUUUGAGCAGCGAUAGUAAUAUAGAUAAUAGAAGUAGCAGCAGCAAUAGCAAUAGCAAUAGCAACAACAACAACUCGAUAGGAAACAACAACGUCCAAAACGACGACAACGAUUUAGACGCCACGAGAGUUUUAUACUUGACGGAAAACUAUAAACUGGCGAAACCUCUUCACAUGCGAGCUAAAGUCGUGAGAGGUUUCGGUCGCGGCAGCGCCGAGAUGGGUUUACCGACGGCGAAUUUGGAUCCCGCCGAAAUCUCUCUGAACUGGCAAAAGGAGUUGAACGACGAUACCGUCGACGUGAAAAACAUUCCAUUGGGAGUCUAUUUCGGAUAUUGUCAGUUAGAAGGCGACGAAUCGGGUAAAAAAAUAGCCGUCUUAAACGUCGGUCGACGCCCUUCGUUCGUCGACAAGAAAAACUACGAAAACGACGUCACGGUUGAAGUGCACUGCGUGGAGAAGAACGAGGACGGACUCGCGUUUGAGAACGGGAAGAAACAGUUUUACGGAGAAACCAUGUCCGUGGAAUGCCUCGGUUUCGUGCGACCGGAGAUGAAAUUUAACGGAUUAGAUGAGCUCGUCACGAGGAUUAAAACCGACGUCGGUUUGUCCAAGAACUCGCUGAUGAAGAUGGGAAUUUAA